AUGCAGCAGGAUUCAUUGUCAAAGCAAAAUGGCAGCAAAAGGCCUGAAACAGUUGGUGCAGCAUUCGCGAAGAAAACAAUCGCCAACGAUCAUUUGGACCAAUCUCUUCAGGAAUCGCCGUCGUUGAGAAAUGAAGAUAGAUCAUCGGUAUCAACAUCAUCGACAACAUCAUCAUCAUCGUUCAUGUACGAUGCACGCAUGUUGAGAAGUUAUUAUAUUGGUGCAACCACGUCGAAAUUGGCCGAAAACUUCGUUCACGAACCGACGAGUUUCCGUUUAUACCACGCGAUCGGUGAAAGCGUUGAGGAAUCUGUUACGAAAAUGGGAAAUGGGCUGAGUGAAGCGAUAUCGCCGCAAAUCCACUUGCAUAUUGUCUACAAAACAAGCAAUGGAAACUUUUGGUAUUCAUUUGCAUAA